GUCUGGCGGCCGUGAACUCAAAUGGGUUAUAAUAUAGAUUUUGAUGCUGCAAAUGCGAAAAUUUUUUACGUUUAUUCAAGAGGAUUGAACCGCGGUAUACCUUUCAUUAAAUAUAUCGUGUUAAAUAUUCAACUCGUUGAAAUUGAAUCGGAUGAAACAUGGUUGUUAUUGUUUGUAUGUUCGUACCUGAUGACUUCUGCGUAACCGCUAAAACAAUCGUUCGUAUCGCUCGCUUGGAAAGCAUGUGCAGUGUCGACUAAAAUUAUGUGCGUAGAUGUGUUGCGGCACAUACGUUUUAUCUCACGUUUACAUUUCGUGUAUUGCGGUAAACUCGUUACGUGAAUCUGUGAUUUGUGAAAGUGAAGUGCGCGAGUUAACCUAAAGACGAUAGUAGUAGUGAGUGCAAUAGAAUAAAUCUAAAUUUUUGGUGCAACAGAAUAAAUCUAAAUUAUUCAUCAAUUCUUCGACGGAGCUGAUGCGAUGCGGUCUAAGGCGAAAUCUCCAGCAGAAUCUGAAGUAAACUACAAUACCAUAGCUGGUUCUUGGAUUCAAGGACACAUAUAUAUGGCUCAAAGAUGAUAAUCCAAGUCAGAAGAAAAGAGGAAACCUUCGCUUAACGAAGGCUCUUAAUGCAAAUUCCAAGAUCAUCUGGGCCGAUCAACAGAAAACCAUGAAACGACUUAAACGCAAUUACAUCUCGUUAGUCGACUUGGAGUCUGAAAAACCUCUAACGAGGGAGAAGCGUCUGCAAUUAAAUGCAUACGAAGCUGCAUCGAAUGUCGUUAACAACGUGGAGGAAAAUUAUGCUGGUGCCCAUAAGACAAAGAUGUUUAAUGAUGAGCUUUGGAAUCAAGAAUGGUAUCUGCAAGACACAAGGACGAAUAAAGCUUUGCCGAAGCUCGAUUUGAACGUCCUGCCUCUCUAUCGGCUGGGGAUAACUGGUCGUAGAGUAAGGAUCGCUGUUCUCGACGAUGGUUUGGAAUACACUCAUGAUGAUCUGUGGAACAAUUAUGAUGCGGCUAUUAGUUACGACAUAAAUGAAGGCGACGAUGAUCCUUUUCCAAGAUACGACGUGUCAGGGAUGAACGGUCACGGCACCAGGUGUGCCGGUGAGAUAGCGAUGGAAGCCAAUAACCGAAAGUGCGGCGUCGGUGUCGCCUUCGAGGCGUCCAUCGGUGGCAUCAAGCUUCUCGACGGCCUGGUGAACGACCGUGUAGAAGGCGAGGCUCUAGGAUACAAGCCGGAACUCAUUGACAUUUACACGGCUUCCUGGGGACCGGCGGACGAUGGGAAAAGUUUGGAGGCACCCGGUAGACUCGCCGUCGAGGCCCUCGAGCGCGGCGUAACGGAGGGCCGUAAUGGUAAAGGUAAUAUUUAUGUGUGGGCUUCUGGGAACGGUGGCUCCAAAUCGGACGACUGCGGAUGCGAUGGAUAUGUUGGUAGUAUAUACACCGUAGCUGUCGGAUCAGCCAGUCAAACUGGAAGAUUUCCUUGGUAUGGAGAAAGAUGUCCCGCCACUCUCGCUACAACGUACAGCAGCGGCGCGUAUCACGAUCAGAUGAUAGCAACAACGGAUCUAAAAAACACCUGCACGACCAGACACACGGGUACUUCAGCCUCUGCUCCAUUAGCCGCCGGGAUCCUGGCUCUCGCACUGCAAGUAAACAACAAUUUGACGUGGAGAGACACUCAGCAUCUUAUAGCCUGGUCAUCGGAAUACAGUCCUCUUAGCGAAAACCCCGGCUGGUUUAAGAACGCAGCUGGAUUUUGGUUCAACUCGCGCUUUGGUUUUGGACUUAUGAACGCGUACGCGUUAGUAAUGGCAAGCUACAACUGGACGACGGUGCCAGAGAAAACUAUUUGCAAAGUGGAUAACACAUAUAUCGCCGAUAUCGGGCUGGCUUAUGGAAAUUCGAAGAAACUGCAAUUCGAUGCUGGCAACGUUUGUCGGGCAUCAGGGAGCGAAAUAAUCUUUCUGGAACAUGUGGAGAUCGAGGCGAAUCUUCAGUACUCUCGUCGCGGCGCGUUGCAGAUGCAUCUGACUGCACCCUCCGGAAACUUAGUCCAAAUCCUAAGUCCAAGAAGGCUGGAUAAUUCCAACGCUGGUUUUACAAAGUGGAAAUUCAUGUCCGUUGCGACGUGGGGCGAAGACCCUCGAGGAAGGUGGACCUUAGAAAUAUUUGACGAAAUAGGCCCGAAGCAGAAUAAUGGCACAAUUGGAGCAUUUAGAUUGAUUCUACAUGGAACUGCGCAAAUUCCAGCUUACCGCAGAAACGGACCAAGAAUUUACAACAAAGAUUAUAACCGAAUACGUAAAAUGUACGAUGCAGCAGAACCGUUCAUAACAAAUUCCGUACAGGAUGGAUACGAUCAGGAUACUUUAUCGAAAUCAUCAGAAAUUGAUAAUGUUUCGUAUACAAAAUGGUUGAAAAAACUAUUAAAAUUGUUAUAGCCGACGUGUUCUAGUUAUAUUACUGCAUUGGAAAUUAAAUUAAUGUACAGAAACACUCGCGCAAUUGUUAUGAUUAUUGCAGCGACAUCCACAAUUGCGCUCAUAUUUAUUAACA